UCCAUACCUGUACACAUUUUUUAUGCUUGUGUGUAGUGUAAAUUGGAUAGGUCUUAACGGCGUUUUAUAGAGUUUGUCGACGAUUCUUUGACUUCACAUAGUGCAGUAAAAUGUGAAUUUAGUGACGUCAUCAAAUUGUGUGUACCCGUGUUCACUGUAUUUCACUAUGGACUACAUAUUGUGUUUUGCGGUGUUCUUACUCAAACUUAAGGCAACACACGGCUAAUUAGUAGAUUUAAUUAGUGGUUGAAAAUAAUGUUAAUCAAAGUAUUUAUUCGCCGGCGUUUGGCCCGUUUGGCCAUCUUGACGUUAAUCUCCAUGCUGGCCACGGCCAUCUACCUGGCCUACUUCAAGAGGCCACCGACGGACGUGUUGUUGAAGAUGAACCGGAAGUCACAGUUUAACCUUGACCCCCGGCCCGAUGCUGGGGACAAGGUAGAUGUAGACGAGGUUGACAACGCGGAUGUGUGGACACGUUUCCUGCAUGAGAACCACUUUGUGGCUGUGGGUGCUUUAUUUGAUCGAUGUGAUGGCCAGAGGACACAGCUGGGGACAGUGGUGUUGAUGGAGGACAAGGAGAGGGGUGGGGUGAUGACCAAAACAUUUGUCAACAUGACCGUAGAGAAGGACAUCAAUGGCGGUCAGUUCCACGUGGACAUCAAGUACAACGGCCAGGAGCUGUACACCAACUACUGGGAGCUGUGCGAGCUGGAGCAGGAGCUGCCCGAGGCCAACAAGACCUUCACCUGCCCCAUCAGGCAAGGGCUCAUCAGCAAGGUCAAGGUCAAGCAUAUCAUGGAUUAUCUCCCCGCAGGCAGAUACCAAACAAAAGGCUGGGCGCUGGACGAAUCCAAUGAAGAAAUUAUUUGCGGGUUUGCCGACUUCGUGUUGUGAUCUUCUGGCGACAUGCCAGGGACGGGCUGGGUCAAGACCUGGUCAGCAAGUGGACCUUGACCCCAAGCACACUAAAUCAGGGUCAUGUAUUAGAGGUGGUCAGUGCUCUCACAGACUUUGAUAAAGUGGAUAAAGAGAAGGCCAAAAACCAUAGAAUCCCAACUUUGUAGUUUUAAAAUGUUUGAUGGUAAUUUUUAUAAACUUGUGGUUUUGUGAUAUUUUUUUGUAGACUUUUUUUUUCUAUUAAAUCUCUUUUUGUUAACAUUAACUGUAUAUUUCUAAAACAACAAUAUGUUAUGUUUGAUUAAUUAAUGUUCGGUGCUAGAUGGGAGUACGCUUUAGUUAUGCUAAAUUAUGUAAAGAAAUGAAAUCAUUUAAAUAUCAAAUUUCUUGGGAAUUCAUUUUAUACUUGAUCAAAGGAUAGAUAAUUUUUUCAACAGAAGAAAGUAUAUAAUGAUAAUGAACUAACAAGUACGAAAGUAUACUUUUUAAGCAUGUACGCUUACGUUUAAUAUGAAUGUGAUUUGCAUACAAAAGUUUGAUAUUGUAAGUUUAUUACGGGUUAAAUUGGCAAAAUAAAAU